AUGCUGACUGGGAGAGUUCCGAGAUCACUCUCUCGCUUGACGAAUCUCACAACCUUGGAUUUGUCUGGGAAUAUGCUUAGUGGUUCCAUUCCUCCAGAGUUUGGUGAUACCCCCAAGCUUCAAGGGUUGUAUCUGGGAAACAAUAAGCUUACAAGCACCAUUCCCAACAGCUUGGGUCGUUUAGGCAGUUUGGUGAAGCUGAAUUUAACUGGUAAUAAGUUAUCUGGAGCUAUACCGGCAAGUUUUGGGAACCUUAAAGGGCUGACUCACUUGGAUUUGAGUCAUAAUGAGCUGGAUGGUGAGCUUCCUUCCGCGCUUUCAAGCAUGCAGAAUCUGGGAGGGUUGUAUGUGCAAGAGAACAAGCUGUAUGGCCAAAUAGAUGAGCUGUUCUCGAACUCCAUGGCUUGGAGGAUCGAAACUGUCAACUUGAGCAAUAACUUUUUUACUGGGGAGUUGCCUCCUUCAUUGGGAAAUUUAUCAUACUUGACGUUUUUGGAUCUUCAUGCAAAUUUGUUCAGAGGAAAGAUACCUCCAGACCUUGGGAAUCUAGAGCAACUCGAGUAUUUUGAUGUUUCUAGUAAUCGGCUAUCUGGGCAAAUUCCUGAGGAAGUAUGCAACAUCACUAGUCUGGUUUUCUUGAAUUUGGCGGAAAAUGGUUUGGAAGGGCCAAUUCCCAGGAGUGGCAUUUGCAGGGACAUUUCCAAAGCAUAUGUUGUUGGUAACAGCAAAUUGUGUGGGAGAAGUGGGAGUUUAGAUUGUCGAGUUAAAAGCUUAGACAAAUCAGCAAUGCUGAAUGCCUGGGGACUUGCAGCAAUUGUAGUUGGAAGUACUCUGAUCUCUCUUGCAGUGGUCGUGGCUCUGAUCAGAUGGCUUACAAGAAGCAGCCGGCAGAACGAUCUUGAAGAAAGGGAGGAUAGCAAGCUGAAGAGUUUCAUGGAUCAUCAUCUCUAUAUCCUGAGUAAUAGCCAACCAAAAGAGCCUCUGAGCAUCAAUAUGGCCAUGUUUGAGCAGCCUCUUCUGAAACUAACUCUAGUGGAUAUCCUUGAAGCUACCAACAAUUUCUGCAAGACAAACAUUAUUGGAGAUGGAGGGUUUGGAACUGUGUACAAAGCCACUUUGUCCAAUGGUAAAACAGUUGCGGUUAAGAAGCUGAGUGAGUAUAAGACCCAGGGUCAGCGAGAAUUUAUUGCUGAAAUGGAAACCCUGGGUAAAGUGAAGCACCAGAAUCUGGUUUCAUUGCUGGGGUACUGCUCUAUCGGUGAGGAGAAGCUCCUUGUAUAUGAAUACAUGGUGAAUGGGAGCCUAGACCUGUGGCUGAGAAAUCGGAUGGGAGCUCUUGACGUCCUAGAUUGGGACAGACGUUUUAAAAUUGCAAUGGGAGCAGCGAGAGGCCUAUCAUUUCUUCACCAUGAACUAAUCCCACACAUCAUACAUAGGGAUAUUAAAGCCAGCAACAUCUUACUCGAUGAAGACUUUGAGCCAAAGGUUGCAGACUUUGGACUUGCAAGAUUGAUCAGUGCCUUUGAGACUCAUAUCACAACUGAUGUUGCCGGAACAUUUGGCUACAUUCCACCAGAGUAUGGACAAAGUGGGAGGUCGACUAAGAAGGGAGAUGUCUACAGUUUUGGUGUGAUACUGCUUGAAUUGGUGACUGGAAAAGAGCCAACUGGACCUCACUUCAAAGAGAAGGAAAGUGGAAAUUUGGUUGGCUGGGUGCUUCAGAAAGUCAAGAAGGGGCAAGCCGCUGAUGUUCUUGACCCCUUGAUACUUGGUGCGAAUUCAAAGCAGGCCAUGUUGCAAGUGCUGCAGAUUGCUUGUGUGUGCCUCUGCGACAACCCUGCCAGCAGACCUACAAUGCUUCAAGUGCUCAAGAUCCUUAAAGGGAUGAAAGAUGAGGAGUAA